CUUCUCCCUGACUGUCUAAUUUCCACAGUUGGUGUGUGUGUAUGUGUUUAUGUUUUGUUUUCUUCCCCUCUCUCUCUUACUCACUUGCUCAAACACCUACAUUCAGGCACUCCACAAUAAUGCUGAGUACUAUGUAUUAAAGUGGCGUAGUGGUGGGGUCGUCUGAGUAAAAGGAGAGGAAAAUGGUUAGCGAAGAUGAGGGGGUAGCGAAAGAGCCUGAGAGUGACUGUGAAAGAGAGAGGGAGCAUACUGUGUCUUUAGUCAUCCUCCUCCACACCACCUCUGAUGCAAUGGGAGGGGGUGUUGGUGGCAUGGCAACCAGUUGCAAGCUGUCAGUCCCGGCUGAUCCGAGUGCAGCGCAGUCUCCCCCACCGCAGCCUCUCGGCAACACUGACACAGGGAGAGGGGCUCUGUUGGCCCAGCACCGGCAUGGGGGAUUUGGCCUCUGCUUGGGCAGAACACGGGCCAAAGAAGGACUUCACUGUAAGCUGGUGUGCUGAUGAGAGCUUUGUGAAUGAGAUCAGUAUCACACACCAUGUUAAAGAGGGCUCUGAAAAGGCUGAUCCGCGGCAGUUUGAGCUGCGCAAGGUCCUGGGACAGGGAUCCUUUGGGAAGGUGUUCCUUGUGAAGAAAAUAACAGGGCCUGAUGCUGGACAGCUCUAUGCUAUGAAGGUGCUGAAAAAGGCCACAUUGAAAGUGCGGGAUAGGGUCCGGACCAAGAUGGAACGGGAUAUUUUGGUGGAGGUGAACCAUCCUUUUAUCGUCCGACUACAUUACGCAUUCCAGACAGAAGGGAAGCUGUACCUGAUUCUGGACUUCCUCAGGGGUGGAGAUUUAUUCACACGGCUGUCCAAAGAGGUGAUGUUCACAGAGGAGGAUGUGAAGUUCUACCUGGCAGAGCUGGCUCUGGCCCUGGACCAUCUGCAUGGCCUGGGAAUCAUCUACAGAGACCUUAAACCUGAGAACAUCCUGUUAGAUGAGCAGGGACAUAUCAAACUCACUGACUUCGGCCUGAGUAAAGAGUCCAUUGAUCAUGAGAACAAGGCCUACUCUUUCUGCGGAACAGUGGAGUACAUGGCACCAGAGGUCGUGAACCGCCGAGGACACACCCUUAGCGCCGACUGGUGGUCCUACGGCGUGCUCAUGUUUGAGAUGCUGACUGGAACACUGCCUUUCCAAGGGAAGGAUCGGAAGGAAACCAUGACCAUGAUACUGAAGGCCAAGCUGGGAAUGCCACAGUCCUUGAGUCAAGAGGCCCAGUCUCUCCUACGUAACCUGUUCAAACGCAACCCAGGCAACAGACUAGGUGCUGGUCCAGACGGAGUGGAAGAGAUCAAGAGACAUUUCUUCUUUUCCACUAUUGACUGGAAUAAAUUAUUCAGGAGAGAAAUCCAUCCCCCCUUUAAACCUGCGAGUGGCAGACCUGAUGACACUGUCUACUUUGACUCUGAAUUCACUGCAAAAACUCCACGAGACUCUCCUGGCUGUCCCCCGAGUGCCAACGCCCACCAGCUUUUCAGAGGCUUCAGCUUCGUGGCCAUCUCGGAGGAGGAGAGACAACCACCACAGACCACCAGCAUGAACAUGACCUCAAUACAGCAACUCCACAGAAACGCAGCACCGUUCAAUGAUGUAUACGAUGUGAAGGAGGACAUCGGCGUGGGCUCUUACUCCAUAUGCAAACGCUGCGUUCAGAAGAGCAACAGUAUGGAGUAUGCUGUAAAGAUCAUCAGUAAGGCCAAGAGGGACCCCACAGAAGAGGUGGAGAUUAUUCUGCGUUACGGACAGCACCCCAACAUCAUCACUCUCAAAGAUGUGUAUGACGAUGGGCGCUCCGUGUACCUGGUGACAGAGCUGAUGAAAGGAGGGGAGCUGCUGGAUAAGAUCCUCCGACAGAAGUUCUUCUCUGAGAGGGAGGCCAGUGCGGUUCUCCACACCAUCACCAAAACUGUGGAGUACCUGCAUGUACAGGGGGUUGUCCACAGAGACCUGAAGCCCAGUAACAUCCUGUAUGUGGAUGAGUCUGGAAACCCAGAGUCCAUCCGGAUCUGUGACUUUGGCUUCGCCAAACAGCUGAGAGCUGAAAACGGGCUCCUGAUGACGCCGUGCUACACGGCCAACUUUGUCGCCCCCGAGGUGCUGAAGAAACAGGGCUAUGAUGCAGCGUGUGAUAUCUGGAGUCUGGGAGUACUGCUCUACACAAUGCUUACUGGGUUCACUCCUUUUGCCAAUGGACCAGAAGAUACUCCUGAAGAGGUCUUAGCUCGGAUUGGCAGUGGAAAGUUUUCUCUGACGGGCGGCUACUGGAACUCUGUCUCAGCAGAGGCCAAGGACCUAGUGUCGAAGAUGCUGCAUGUGGACCCCCACCAGAGGCUAACUGCUGCUCAGGUGCUGCGACACUCCUGGAUAGUACACAAGGACCGGUUGCCCAAGUACCAGCUCAAUAGACAUGAUACCCCUCAUUUGGUCAAGGGUGCGAUGGCAGCCACUUACUCUGCUCUGAACAUGCAUGUUCCCCCUGUGCUGGACCCUGUAGGACACUCCUCAUUAGCUCAACGAAGAGGAGUGAAGAAGUUGACUUCCACAGCCCUGUGAUCCACCUGCCACUAGUAUCAAUCUCACCUGUUUAAUGCUACUGCACCAGUGCAUUAGUGAGUUUUGACUCCCGCUGUGUUAGAACAGUGUGUAAGACCAAAAAGGAACUUGACAAUGUAUUUGCGUGUACAAUCUUCACUGCCCACAGAUCAAGAGUUACAAGACUGUAUAUAUUAUUUUAUGAAAAUUAGAUAUAUUUACUAGAAAAAUAUAAUUAACUGUACGGUUUCCUAUAGGUCUGUUUAAACAGAGAUUGAGUUAAGCACUGCGGGAUGAAGGGGUUUAGAGAGGAUGACAAGGAUGUUUCCUCCAAUUGCAUGGAGCACAAGAUGGCAAAAGCCAGUCCCCCCCACUACCUAUGCACUUGUGUAAAUCUGAGAAGAUAAGAUAGGUACUCAAUAUGGGCUAUUGCUUAUACCCAUCUAUUGGGCAAACUCCUUAAUUCUACAACAAUCAGUUUACCAAGACCCUUUCAAACCUGGGGGGAGAAAAUGUGCUCAACUCUGCUGCUGCACUUUCUCUCAGACCUUUGUGUUGGGGCAGGGGUCAAAAGUUUUUUUGCUUUACUCAGUCUUUAAAUUUUUUUGUCCUUCUCAUGAUUAUAAAGGGAAACACGUGAACAAGGGAUAUACUUAUAGCAAUUAGGAUUACUUUUAAAGUCUAAUUUUAAGAGCCUAUUAAGAAUGUAUUUUUGUAUGUGGAUGAAUGAAACAUUUUCUACUUGGUGUGCAUGAUUGAGGCCACAGGACAGCUUUGUUUUAAAGGGAAGGGCUUUCCAAGAAGCUGCUGUGAAAUGUAACACGCUAGAUGGAGGUGAGAAUAGACACUGUAUUUCCCCUCUGCUUUGGCAUCUGUCUAUCCAUGUUUAACAGAUGAAAAAAACAUUCUCAGGUGUGGUCCAGGCAAGUGUCUGCAGCUUAUUUUGUA